AUGUUUCCUCGUCGCAAAGCCACGCUUAGCUGCCUGCGCGGCCUGCUGUUGGCGACCACUUUGGUGCUGCGACAAUCGCUGGCGUGGCUGGAGCCAGGCCAAGUUGGGCGGUGCCAGCGGCGUGCAGGCCUCCUCAGCUUUGCAAGCCUCGGGCUGCCCCGCCAAGUUUCGGCAGUUUCGGCCGCGGACAAAGCACCGCUGGCGCAACGGCCCUUUGAAUGGAGCUUCCUUUGGGAGAAUCCCGUGGCAGAGGAGCCGAAGAGGACGGCUUUGCCUAUCCAAAGCGUGGCGGCGAUCCUCAAAAGCGACCUGGACCAAGGCAAGUACAUCCUCACCGGGAAUCUCACCAGUAGCAUUUUCGCGGACGAUUGUCGCUUCGUGGACCCAAACAAUGCGGUCACUGGACUGGCACAGUACAAGAAAGCCUUGGAAUUCCUCUUCGAUCCAGAGGCGAGUUUCUUGAAGCUUCAGAGCAUCCAAGUGGAGAGUUCCUCAACGAUUCGCGCCAGAUAUACGGCGGGUGGAACGCUGAAACUGCCUUGGCGCCCGAAAAUCUCUGCCUGGUCGGGCAAUAUCGUUUACACGUUGAACAGUGACGCCUUGAUUCAGUCACAGAUGGACGAGUGGAACAUCACGCGUUUCGAUGCCAUUCGUCAGACAAAGCUGUGCGCGGGUGGGUCGCCAUGUUGGAAGGAGACGCGCAGCUGGAGAUCGACUGAGAUGCUGAUGCUGUUUCGAAAAUACCAGCUCGUGGGAUUGAAUGGAUGUGAAGAUCACGACUAUGGCAUAGGAUCAAGCCUCAUGGGUUCUAGGUUGGGUUGUGCUCGUCGUGACCCGGGGAGCCAUAGCUAUACCUCCAGCCCGGUCCCGCACGAGGACUCAUCACCUAGCUCAGCUGGAGCGCCUGAGGUGACCUCUCCUGCUGAGGUGACUCCUUCUUCGAGUGAGCCUGUGGUGGUGCCCACGCCUGCUGCCCCUGUUACCGCGGUCGACGAGGUCGUGCUGAUUGUGGGCGGUGCUGAGUUGAGGCUGGUGGAAGCUGAUCCACCGCCAGGUUCGUCUUGGGGCACACCUGACCUGCGGCUGUACGUGGUUUGGGUGAUUCCUGGAUAUCGUAACCCCCGUGAAUUUUGUGGAUUACAUUGGGGACAAGACCUUCUGGCCUAUACUGGAUUGCUCACACUGAACGGGCCUUAUCAUCUAGGCUAUCCGCCAUCAGGUGGAACCUACGCCUGUGAGGCGUUUCAGAUGGCAGUCCAACUAGGCCAGUCGGCCUACGUUCACCUCUCAGAAGAGUUCAACGCGCCUCGAUGGCGAGAAGGCUUAGUAGUCAGCUCAAAGGGCAACUGGGCCAGGCUCGUGGUUCGGGCCAAAAACCAAUCGGAGCUGAUGGACGGACUUUGCAGCUUCCAGCACGAGGAGCAUCAUUUCUUCAUCCUGGAGUGUCCAGUUGCUCACCUUCGAGCAGCCUGUGUCGAGAGGGUGCUCAAGCUGGAAUGCGACACCUCAGGUCUGAUGAGUCAAGGCCAAACCAUCCUGUCAAGCGAUCAGGAGCAGAACUUUGCCACGGCCUCCGAUCCAGAAGUUCCCAAGGGUCGGAAGCCGGCUCGAGACAAAAGCAGCCAGAGUUCUUCAAGCUCGGAUUCCGAGAAUGCCGACCUACAAGGAGCUCUGGUACAGAUUCAAAAGAACUGGCAAGGACGUGGUACAGAAAGAGACAAGCACGUCGCCAAGGACAAGUCUUUCCACAGCAGUGCCACCAAGAGAUUCUCCAUGCUCAGCAAGGACAAGCGAGAUCGUUCCCGACAAGAGCAGGGCGAUCCGGCGACAAGGGCCUUGAGCUCCUUAGAUCUCGAAGGGGAUCCUUUGAAGGCUCUUGUGACUCUGCAGCUUGCCCAACAUCUUCAACGAGGACGUGGAGGCAGACGGAAGAAGAGCCUUCGAGAUCACAGCUCGGCCAGCGACGAGAGCCACUCCUCGACCAGCAGAAGCUCGUCGUCAUCAGAUCGUCGACGUCGCCGAGGGGGCCAUGCCAAAGCAGUCGAGAAUUACCAUGCAGCAAAGAAAAGGAUGUUCAAGAAGCCACUUCAUCACGUCCGCAAGUACGUGAGAGAGGUGGAGCACAACCUGGGCGCAAGCGAUCGUCCUUUCAAGCUGUCCGAGGCGGGGAAGAAAGUGUCAUGGGGAAAGCAGAAGAGCUUGCAAAGAGUCCACUACCUCAUGUCAGAGACCUUGGAGAUGCUGCUGAAGGGCAAAACAGAAAAAGCUUGCCUUCAACUUGUCCUCUCCCUGAGGGCAGUUCACCAGGCGGCGAUCGACCAGGACUGGUCAGUGGCUUGGAUGAUCACCCACCUGGACGAUCCAUUUUCUCGUCCAAGGUGGGGUGGCGAUGUGACAGAGCUGGCAAACGUGACUGCCUACCUUCGAUCCAUGGCCGAGUUGGAGAAAUCGACCGAGAAGCUGAGAUCCCAGAACGGCACCUCAGAGAACAGCCAGUCGACCGACAACCCAGGCCGUCGCAAGGGCAAGGGCAAGGGAAAGAGCAAGUCAAGCGAAGAAGCCAGCGCCGAAAAGGACAAGGUCAUCGGGGGUGUGAAACAUGAAGGGAAGUGGCACAAGCGCUCGACACUUGCCGGAGCAUAUCCAAUCAAGUUGUGUCGAGCCUACCACUCGUGCUGCGAACGGCUUUUCGCCGGCGCUGAGCUGGUUGGAGAUUUCUUGAAGAAGAAUGGUCUGACUUGGAAGCUCGUUCUGAAAGGACAGCCAGCUGAAGUAGAUAUCCUGUUGGACAACUUUUUGAGUCAGUACCAUGCUAUGCAUUCACAGCAGCCCGGACGUCUCCAACUUGCCAAGCAUGGCAUCCUUUUUUGUCAAGUCAGUCGGCCGCAGUUGAGAAGCCAGCUUAAGCAAAGCUGGUCGACUUUGAAAGCCUGGGAAGAACAGAUGCCUGGUAAACUCAGACCUCCUCUCCCUAUCGCAGUCAUGAUGGGAAUGCUAUGUGAAGCCCGUAUUCUAGCUGAACAGUGUAGCAAUGAAAAGGAUCGACAAAAAUGGUUGGUCUUCAGUGCACUGGUUAUGACUUCGUUUUUUGGUUUGCUAAGACCAGGUGAACUGCUGAAUCUCAGACGUCGACAUGUUGGAUUGCCAAAUCAUGUUACCUUGGCCCUGCCUUGCGUGACCUUGUGCUUGGAGAAGCCAAAGAAUUUCCGGCAGCUGGGAUUGCGUCAGUUUGUUUCAAUAAAGCACCCCUCAGCUUGCGAGUGGCUUAGUUGGACCUGCUCUCUACUCAAACAGCAUGAUGACAAACUUUGGCCUCACUCACAUGCCGAGUUUCGUCGAAUGUUCAAAGUGUGCACUCUUAAGAUGAAAGUAGGUGACUGUCAUUUUACACCGGCUUCUCUGCGAGCCAGCGGAGCCACUUUCCUUUUUGAUGAAGAAGAAGACGUAGCCAGGCCAAGGUUGAUUGGUCGCUGGUCCAACAUCCAGUCACUGGAACACUAUGUUCAAACCGGAAAAUCACAACAGAUGUUGCAAUCCUUGUCCACCAGAGCUGUGAGACGUUUAGAACUUUUGCUCAAGCAAGGAGGUUUUUUGCUUGACCUUCCAGUAGCUGCUAGAAACAGUUUGCCCAAGGAACACAUCUUGGACAUUCCUCGUCUCGACCUGGAUGAGCAGCUCUGGAAAGCUUGCCGAGGAUGGGGCAGGACUCAAACAAAGAUUUAA